AUGCAGACACCCCGUGAAGACCAUAUAAAUAUAUCAUCAUCAUCAUCAUCAUCAUCAUCAUCAUCAUCAUCAUCAUCAUCAUCAUCAUCAUCAUCAUCAUCAUCAUCAUCAUCAUCAUCAUCAUCAUCAUCAUCAUCAUCAUCAUCAUCAUCAUCAUCAUCAUCAUCAUCAUCAUCAUCAUCAUCAUCAUCAUCAUCAUCAUCAUCAUCAUCAUCAUCAUCAUCAUCAUCAUCAUCAUCAUCAUCAUCAUCAUCAUCAUCAUCAUCAUCAUCAUCAUCAUCAUCAUCAUCAUCAUCAUCAUCAUCAUCAUCAUCAUCAUCAUCAUCAUCAUCAUCAUCAUCAUCAUCAUCAUCAUCAUCAUCAUCAUCAUCAUCAUCAUCAUCAUCAUCAUCAUCAUCAUCAUCAUCAUCAUCAUCAUCAUCAUCAUCAUCAUCAUCAUCAUCAUCAUCAUCAUCAUCAUCAUCAUCAUCAUCAUCAUCAUCAUCAUCAUCAUCAUCAUCAUCAUCAUCAUCAUCAUCAUCAUCAUCAUCAUCAUCAUCAUCAUCAUCAUCAUCAUCAUCAUCAUCAUCAUCAUCAUCAUCAUCAUCAUCAUCAUCAUCAUCAUCAUCAUCAUCAUCAUCAUCAUCAUCAUCAUCAUCAUCAUCAUCAUCAUCAUCAUCAUCAUCAUCAUCAUCAUCAUCAUCAUCAUCAUCAUCAUCAUCAUCAUCAUCAUCAUCAUCAUCAUCAUCAUCAUCAUCAUCAUCAUCAUCAUCAUCAUCAUCAUCAUCAUCAUCAUCAUCAUCAUCAUCAUCAUCAUCAUCAUCAUCAUCAUCAUCAUCAUCAUCAUCAUCAUCAUCAUCAUCAUCAUCAUCAUCAUCAUCAUCAUCAUCAUCAUCAUCAUCAUCAUCAUCAUCAUCAUCAUCAUCAUCAUCAUCAUCAUCAUCAUCAUCAUCAUCAUCAUCAUCAUCAUCAUCAUCAUCAUCAUCAUCAUCAUCAUCAUCAUCAUCAUCAUCAUCAUCAUCAUCAUCAUCAUCAUCAUCAUCAUCAUCAUCAUCAUCAUCAUCAUCAUCAUCAUCAUCAUCAUCAUCAUCAUCAUCAUCAUCAUCAUCAUCAUCAUCAUCAUCAUCAUCAUCAUCAUCAUCAUCAUCAUCAUCAUCAUCAUCAUCAUCAUCAUCAUCAUCAUCAUCAUCAUCAUCUUCACAGUAUCAUCGUUUUGCAUAUAUGAAAGCGUCUAGAUUACUAAAGGCAGAUUAA